UCAUAUGUGGUUGUUAUAGUGGUUAACUCACAGUAAAAAUUGGAUAAAUAUACAUAAUAAUAUUAUUGAGUAAUGUAGUGUUACAAAUAUAUAAGAUAAGAUCAAAAUAAAAAUUAAAUCUAAUGAAAGGGUCCAACAACUUUGCAUAAGUAGAUUUUUUCAGAAUGUUUCUCUUUUAAUAGUAUAGAUACGAGAGUUACUCUAAAUAAUUAUUUGUACAUAUUAUAAGAAUAAAACUGAACAAAAACACGAGUCUCUCGAUAUAGGAACAUUACCUACUUUUCACUAUAACAAAAAGUGUAUUCUGCAAGAAGUAACCGAUAAUAUCAAGUCGAGUAGCUAAUUUUUAAUACUUUUUAAUUGUUUUAUACUUACAAAUUUCUCAAUUCUAGUACUUGGUAUCCGACUUGAAAACAAUGAAUACUUGAAAAUUUAAAACAAAUACGGGAAGAGUAAAACGUGUAUUGAGUAAUUCUCCGCAGCCCUAGGGCCCCUACCCCUAGUUAUACAAAGUUCUAGUCUCGUCGUAUAAAAAGAUAAAAGAGUCGUAUUCAUUUGUGUCAAACUUUCCCUAAAUAGUCAAUAUCUAAAGUCUCGUAUCCAUUCAUUCGCGGCUCUCUAACGCCGACGAGCCACCGCAAAACAUCAACCACUCAAUGUCGUCGCCGCCGUCGUUUUCCUCACUUCCCAUCGACAUCGUCGUGGAAAUCUUAGCUCGCGUCCCGAAACGCUCUCACCCGAUCCUCUCUUGCGUCUCCAAGAACUUCAGCCGUCUUGUUCGUUCGCCGGAGAUAUACAAGAUUCGCUCUCUCCUCCGCAAAGACUCACUCUUCAUCUGCUUCGUCGGCAAAACGGGUGCGCAAUGGUUCACUCUCCGAAGAGCUGAGAACAACAACCCGACGACAGAAGAGAAGAACCGCUUCGUCUCCAUCGACCUCGCGUUUCCUUCUCAGACCGAGCAAGAACCCUGCGUCGUCGCCAUAGGCCCGGAAAUAUUCUUUAUCUGUGGAUCAUUCAAUCCUUCGUCAACCAUGUGGAUUCUUGAUUCAAGAACCGGGACGUUUCGCCAAGGACUUAGCUCGAGAGCUGAAAGGCUAUGCAGAAGCGUGGGUGUAGUCGGAAGCAAGGUGUACGUGAUCGGGAUCUAUAGAGACGCCGACGAGAUGCACGUGGAGUCAUUUGACACGAAGACGCAGACGUGGGAGCUAGCGCCGGUUCCUGAGGAUCAAGGCUGGUGGUGGAGCUGGGCCCCAACUGUGUCGUUGAACAGGAAAGUUUGUGCGUUACGUGUUUCUGGCAAUGCUAGGUGCUACGAUCCUAGAGACGGGUCUUGUGAGAGUUUAGGUUUGCCUAGUAAGGAUAAAUGGUUGUGCAGAACGGGUGCUUGUGUGAUGAACAAUGUGCUCUACGUUUAUUACGCUAGGUUCGGGCUCAUGUGGUAUGACUAUGAGAUGAGGCUGUGGAGAGUGGUUAGUGGUUUGAGUCAUCUCAAAAAGGUUCGGUCUGUUGCGAUGGCGGAGUAUUACGGAAAGUUGGCGUUCUUGUGGGAAGAUGUUGAGGUUGGUGUGAGUGGUAAAACUAAGGAGGUUUGGUGUAGAAUGAUUGCUUUGGAGAGGAGUGAAAGAGGGGUUCAUGGGAUUGCUGAAGCGUCUCAACUUCUGGGGAGUGUCCUUCGUGGCUAUAUACUGCAUCAUUGUCUCUCUGUUUCAGAUUAAAGAGAAUAAAGUGUCCCUCGUUGCUAUA